AUGAAGUCCAUGCGGCGUCUGCGGUCUUAUAUAAGGCUCUUCCGCCGCUACUUCCCGCAGUCGCAGCAGCAGCAGCAGCAGCAGCAGCAGGUGCAGCAGCAAGCACAGCAGCAAGUGGUGCAGCAAGUGCUGCAGCAAGUGCAGCAGCAGCAGGAGAGCGCCGUUCCGCGGGCGAAGGCGUUGGAGGCGGCGGGGGAGGGGGUAAUUUAUGGGGGUUUUCUCUCUCUGCUUUUUUACCCAUAUCGAGGCACUGUUUUUAAUUAG